UUAUUAGCUUAUAUAUGCAACAACUCCUUUCAUCUCAAAGCAAAUUCAAAGAUCAAUCCAUUUCAAUGGAGUUUCACAUUCUUUUAGAGUUUGUGGGAACAUUAGGAGAAACCCAGAACAUCAUCUUCUUCAAAAAUGGGAAGCUAAUGACCUACAUCACCUUACUCACCCUUCUCAUCAACUCCCUCUUCUAUAUUUUCAACAUCUUCUCCAUCAAACCGUUGAUCAGAGACUUUCUCACUGAGCAAAAUCUUGUUAUUGCUGCAACUCCUGGUAGCCCUGAAUUCGCCAAUAUUUUCAUCAAUAUGAAAAGAGACUUGGGAAUUUUCGUUGGAGUUGAAUGGAUUUACCUACUUGUCAACUCCAUCAUCUCCUUAUUCUUAGCCACUGUUACAAUCUCUGCAUCAGCUAUGGCGUUUAGAGGAUCAAAAGACAUGACAUUCAAGACCUUGCUGUUGAGAGCAGCAAGAUCAUGGAAAAGGCCAUGUGUUACUUGGUUUUAUACAACUCUCUUGUGCACAGGUUAUAUUUGCCUUCUGCUAGCUAUUCUAUUUCCUCUGUCACUAAUAAUCCAACGUCCAGGUCCAUUAUUUUCUGCCUUGCAUACCGUGCUUUUCGUCGUGGCCUCAAUUUUAUAUGUCUAUAUGACUGUUAUCUGGACAUUAGCACUUGUUAUUUCAGUUCUUGAAGAAAUGUAUGGAAUUGAAGCGCUUGGGAAGGCAGCACAGAUUGUUAAGGGCAUGAAGAUACAUGGGUUUCUUCUAAAUCUUGUAUUCAUUACAUUAUCUUGUGUACUGGUACAAGGUUUAAGGUUGAUUUCUUAUGAACAGCCUUUGGCAACUAAGGUAAUUAUUGGGUUUGUUGUCAUUAGUUUUAUCAGCUUGGUUAGGCUGGUUUGGUUGGUGGCAUAUUCCAUCUUCUACUACCAAUGCAAGAAGAUCCAUGGAGAAGAUCAGGUUGAAUUGCAAGAAAAUGUGGGAUACACUAAAAUUCCCACCACCGCACCAAUACUUAGUGAAAAUAUUCCUUGAUGGGAGGGAAUAGAUCUUUUUCCAUGUAAUUUUUUUUUAUUUUAUGAUUAUUUGGUUUAAAAUAAAGUAAGUAUUACUUUGUUAUAAAAAAUAAUGUGAUUUAAUGAAAUUUUACAAUUUAUCUCA